UCUGGGGGGCAAUAGGAGAGGUCUGGGGAGGGGUCUGGUGAUCCAGGGGUGCACUAGGGAGGGACAUAUGGUCUCUGGAGGCAGGGGGUUGGGGAGCCCGCAGGGGGGAGAUGAGCUGGAGAAGGGGCAUGGGAGGCUCUGGGGAGCCAGGGGCUGAUGGGGGAGGCAGCAACCAAGGAGUAGGACGGGGGCUGGAGUGGGGGACAUAAGGGUGGAGCUGAUUGAGUGGUAAAAGCAUAAGAGGUGGGUCGGGAUGGGGGGAUGAAAGAUGCAAGAUGGCUUAAGAGAUUCAGUGGAAAGAGAGCCAGGGAGCCAGGAGAUGAUGGAGGUAGAGCCAGGAGUCCUGGAGAGAAGAUGACUUUGGGGAGCCAAGGGGCCUGGAGAUAGGGGUUGAGGUGAGAGCUGGGGAGCCAGAAGAUGAUUGCAGGAAGGCAGCUGGAGCCAUGGGACCAGAGGCAAAAAUGGAUUCUCCAGAAGUAACAGAGUUGCAGCAAGAAGUGAUGGAGGAGUUGGGGAUCUCUAUGGAAGAGCUCCAGCAAUUCAUUGAUGAGGAGCUGGAGAAGUUUGAGUGUGUGAAGCAGCGGAAACAGCAGCUGGAAGAGCUGGAAAAGAGCGUGGAACAGAAAGAAGCAGAAGUUGCGUAUGUCGACCAGCUCUUUGAUGAUGCUUCAAGAGCCAUUGGUAAAUGCGAGAUACUGGUAAAAGAUCUCUACUCCAAGCUGGGCCUUCAGUAUCGUGAGAGCAGCUCUGAAGAUGAGGACUCAGCUUCCAAGCCCACGGAAGUGAUCGAAAUCCCAGAUGAGGAUGACGACGAUGUUAUGAGUAUUGAUUCGGGUUGGAAGCACAGUGAUACAAGUAACCGAAUCUCAAAGGAUCAGACGCUGCUUCGAGAAGCCAUGGCUGCGAUGAGGAAGUCUGCUCAAGAUGUUCAGAAAUUUAUGGAAGCUGUUAACAAAAAAACAAACGCCCAGGACCUGCACAAAGAUGGGUUGUCCUCUCCACCGAGCUCUGUUGGCGUGUCCCAACAGGUGAGCUCUGCACUUGCUGGGGGUGACCUCAGCAAUGACGGUGACCUGGUGGUUGGUAUGCGUAUCCUAGGCAAGAAGAGGACCAAGACAUGGCACAAAGGAAUUUUGAUUGCAAUCCAGGCAGUAGGUGCUGGUAAGAAGUUCAAAGUGAAAUUCGACAACAAAGGGAAGAGUUUGCUUUCUGGCAAUCACAUUGCGUAUGACUAUCAUCCCUCUGCUGAGAAGCUCUAUGUCGGAAGCCGGGUCGUGGCCAAAUACAAGGAUGGGAAUCAAGUCUGGCUCUACGCUGGUAUUGUGGCCGAAACACCGAACAUGAAGAAUAAACUGAGGUUCCUGAUCUUCUUCGAUGAUGGCUAUGCGUCUUACGUCACUCAGUCGGAACUAUACCCGAUCUGCAGGCCAUUAAAGAAGACCUGGGAAGACAUAGAAGACGUUUCCUGUCGUGAUUUCAUAGAGGAGUACAUCAGUGCCUACCCAAACCGUCCCAUGGUAUUGCUGAAGAGUGGCCAACUGAUUAAAACAGAAUGGGAAGGGACCUGGUGGAAGUCCAGAGUGGAGGAAGUGGAUGGCAGUCUGGUCAAAAUCCUCUUCCUGACAGAUGCUGUUACAAUAUUCUCUCUGCCGCAGGAUGACAAACGCUGUGAAUGGAUUUACCGCGGUUCCACGCGUCUGGAGCCUAUGUUCAGCAUGAAAACCUCCACGGCCUCCACUCUGGAAAAGAAACAAGGAGGGCAGAUGAGGACUCGUCCCAAUGUUGGUGCUGUGAGGAGCAAAGGGCCCGUAGUACAGUACACACAAGAUUUAACAGGAACCAGCACCCAGUUUAAACCUAUAGAACAAAUCCAAGCAAUGUCUGUAGCUGCACCGUCUGUUUCCCCACAGCCAGCUGAGAUGGAAAGCCCCGAAAGUCAGCUGGCUCAGUCCAGAAAGCAAGUGGCUAAGAAAAGCACGUCCUUCCGUCCUGGCUCUGUGGGGUCUGGGCACUCUUCGCCUGCUUCUCCUGUCCUAAGUGAAACUCCUCCUAUGGGAAAAGCUGCAGUGAACCAGCAGUAUCGUGGAAGCUAUUCCAGUGGCCAGCCAGGCAGCAGCUCAGUGCAGCCAUUCCACGGCAUGAUGGACCGGGUGCCCAAUGAGCCCUCAUACCGGGCCCCGAUGGAGAAGCUUUUUUACCUGCCUCACGUCUGCAGCUACGCCUGCCUGUCACGGGUCCGCCCCAUCCGGAGUGACCAGUACCGCAGCAAGAACCCCCUCCUCAUCCCGCUUCUCUACGAUUUCCGGCGCAUGACUGCCCGCCGCCGCGUCAACCGCAAGAUGGGCUUCCACGUCAUCUACAAGACGCCGUGCGGGCUGUGCCUGCGCACCAUGCAGGAGAUCGAACGCUACAUCUUUGAGACGGACUGCGACUUCCUCUUCCUGGAGAUGUUCUGCCUAGACCCCUACGUGCUGGUGGACCGCAAGUUCCAGCCCUACAAGCCCUUCUACUACAUUGCAGACAUCACCAAAGGCAAGGAGGACGUGCCGCUGUCCUGUGUCAACGAGAUAGACACCACCCCUCCUCCGCAGGUGGCGUAUAGCAAGGAGCGCAUCCCAGGGAAAGGAGUCUACAUCAACACCAGCUGGGAGUUCCUCGUGGGCUGUGACUGUAAAGAUGGCUGCAGAGACAAAUCGAAAUGUGCCUGCCACCAGCUGACAGUCCAAGCGACAGGCUGCACCCCCGGUGGGCAGAUCAACCCCAAUUCUGGCUACCAGCACAAGAGGCUGGAGGAGUGCCUCCCCACAGGAGUCUAUGAAUGUAACAAGAGAUGCAAAUGCAACACGAACAUGUGCACCAAUCGCUUGGUACAACAUGGACUCCAAGUCAGACUCCAGCUAUUCAAGACUCAGAACAAAGGCUGGGGAAUCCGCUGCCUUGAUGAUAUUGCCAAGGGCUCUUUUGUCUGCAUUUAUGCAGGGAAAAUCCUGACAGACGACUUUGCCGACAAAGAAGGGCUGGAGAUGGGGGACGAGUAUUUUGCCAACCUGGAUCACAUUGAGAGUGUGGAGAACUUCAAGGAGGGCUACGAAAGUGAUGCCAAGUGCUCCUCUGACAGCAGCGGCGUGGACCUGAAGGACGAAGAGGAAGAGAACACCGGCACCGAGGAGCAGGAAGAGUCCAACGAGGACAGCUCUGAUGACAACUUCUGCAAGGACGAGGAUUUCAGCACCAGCUCGGUGUGGCGUAGCUAUGCCACUCGCCGGCAGACCCGGGGCCAGAAGGAGAACGGCCUGUCUGAGACAGCCUCCAAGGACUCCGGCCUCACCAGGCAGAUCAGCCACGACGAGGUCGCCGUGGCCACCGCCUGUAAACUGCCUGUGUCCGAGGAGACCUCCAAAAACAAAGUGGCCUCCUGGCUGAGCUCCAACAGCAUGUCGGACAGCUUCCAGGACAACGAUAGCGCCUCCUCGUUCAAGAUGAAUGAGGCCAGCGAGGUCAAGGCAGGCAAAGUAGAAGUCCUGGGUGACAGGGAGAAGCCCUCCACCUCUGGGCUUGGAGGCAAGGAGGCUUUUGGCUUGGAUGCUGACUUGAAGAUGCAGAAGAAGGAGGAAUCUGAAGAGCCAAACAAGCUUUCGAUGGCAUCCGAGACAGGCAAGCUGUAUGGCUAUAAUCCGAGCCCCAUGAAACUCGAGGGGAUCCGGAGGCCACCAAGCAAGACCAUCAUGCAUCAGAGCAAAAGGCACUUGGCUCCUCCCCAGCAAGCAGCUGACGAUGUGCUAACGCUGUCAAGUAGCACGGACAGCGAGGGGGAGAAUGGCCAGCCGGCAGCAGGACAAGCACAGGGCAACACGAAUGAUAGUGAUGACAUCCAGACGAUUUCCUCUGGCUCAGAGGAGGAGGACAUCGACGAUAAAAAGAAUUCCUCUUCCGGUCUAGGCCCCGUUAAAAGGCAAGUGGCAGUGAAGUCCACACGGGGUUUUGCCCUCAAAUCGACUCAUGGGAUUGCCAUAAAGUCAACCAACAUGGCAUCAGCUGAGAAGGGGGAGAACAUGCCAGUGCGCAAAAACACCCGCCAGUUUUAUGACGGCGAAGAGUCCUGCUAUAUCAUUGAUGCCAAACUCGAAGGGAACCUCGGCCGUUACCUCAAUCAUAGCUGCAGCCCCAACCUGUUUGUGCAGAAUGUCUUUGUGGACACGCAUGAUCUCCGUUUCCCCUGGGUUGCCUUCUUCGCUAGCAAGAGGAUCCGAGCCGGGACUGAACUGACCUGGGAUUAUAACUACGAGGUAGGCAGCGUGGAGGGCAAGGAGCUCCUGUGCUGCUGUGGUGCUAUCGAAUGCCGAGGCAGGCUGCUCUGACCACGCUGGUGCCUGCCUCGUGAAGGACAUGGGCUGCUGGCCCUGGAUUCCCCAGGGCUCCAGUUAUUCUGAGCCAGAAAAAGGUUGAUUCUCAACCCUAGGCAUUGUCCCUCCCCUCCCUGCACAGCCCUUUGUGAGGGUGACAUACUGUAUUUCAUCUUGAGCUGUUUCUAAUUACACCGAUUAUUUGUAC